UCUCUAAGAAUUAAGUGCUUUAUAUCUUCUCUUCCACUUUAAAUUCUCUCUUCUCUACUUUUCAUAUACAAUAUAUUAUGGCUGUUGAUUCUUGUCUUUCAUCUCCUCUUGGCCCUCCGGCAUGUGAGAAAGAUGCCAAGGCUCUUCAGUUCAUUGAGGAGAUGACUAAAAAUACUGAUUCAGUACAAGAGAAAGUGUUGGCUGAAAUACUAAGCCGAAAUGCCAAUACUGAGUACCUCCAAAGAUUCAAAGUUGGUGGUGCAACUGACCGUGACACGUUCAAGUCCAAGGUUCCCGUUGUCACAUACGAGGAUCUUAAACCUUAUAUUGAUCGUGUCGCCAAUGGCGAUCGCUCACCAAUCUUCUCAUCUCAUCCUAUUUCAGAGUUCCUUACCAGUUCGGGGACGUCUGCUGGAGAGAGAAAGCUGAUGCCCACAAUUGCGGAUGAGCUAGAACGCAGACAGAAAUUGUACAGUCUUCUCCAGCCCGUGAUGAAUCUGUAUGUGCCUGGUCUAGACAAGGGGAAGGGAUUAUACUUUCUAUUUAUAAAGGCAGAAACCAAGACUCCUGGUGGCCUUGUUGCACGUCCAGUACUGACUAGUUACUACAAGAGUGAACAAUUCAAGACUAGGCCAUACGACCCUUCCAAUGUCUACACCAGCCCUAACGAGGCUAUCCUCUGCGUCGACUCUUUCCAAAGUAUGUACACUCAAAUGCUUUGUGGCCUUCUCAUGAGAGAAGAAGUCCUCCGAGUAGGCGCUGUUUUCGCCUCAGGCCUACUUCGGGCCAUCCGUUUUCUUCAACUCAACUGGCAGCAAUUAGCUCAUGAUAUUGCAACUGGAACCCUAAACCCUAGAGUUUCAGACCCUUCAAUCAGAAAUUGCAUGUCCAAAAUACUCAAACCAAAUCCUGAACUUGCAGAGUUUGUUACUAAAGAAUGUGAUGGCGACAACUGGGAAGGAAUCAUUACUAGAAUUUGGCCAAACACAAAGUACUUGGACGUCAUAGUCACAGGUGCAAUGGCUCAAUAUAUCCCUACUUUAGAUUAUUACAGUGGGGGUCUACCAAAGGCUUGUACAAUGUAUGCAUCGUCCGAAUGUUAUUUUGGUCUCAAUUUAAAACCAAUGUGCAAGCCUUCUGAAGUUUGUUACACUAUCAUGCCAAAUAUGGGUUACUUUGAAUUCAUCCCACAUGACCCAGCCAACCCGGUACAAAUCUCUCAUGAUUCGCCCCCUCAUCUCGUGGACCUGGCUGACGUAGAAUUGGGAAAAGAAUACGAGCUCGUGAUCACCACUUAUGCUGGAUUAUGUCGUUACCGAGUUGGUGACAUACUACAGGUUACCGGAUUUCACAACUCAGCACCUCAAUUCAAAUUUGUUAGGAGAAAAAAUGUGUUGUUGAGCAUUGACUCGGACAAAACUGAUGAGUCUGAAUUGCAAAUGGCUAUUGAAAAUGCAACAGCACUUUUGCGCCCAUAUGAUACUAAUUUGGUCGAGUACACGAGUUUUGCUGAUACAAAGACAAUUCCGGGGCACUACGUGAUUUACUGGGAAUUACUAGUAAAGGACCCAACCAACCCACCGAGUCAGGAGGUGUUGAACCAGUGCUGCUUGGCUAUGGAAGAAUCUUUGAACUCAGUGUAUAGACAGUGUCGCCUUGCGGACAAUUCAAUUGGACCACUUGAGAUUAGAAUAGUGAAAAAUGGGACAUUUGAAGAGCUGAUGGAUUAUGCAAUUUCGAGGGGUGCAUCAAUUAAUCAGUAUAAGGCUCCGAGGUGUGUCAAUUUUACUCCUAUUGUGGAACUUCUUGAUUCCAGGGUGGUAUCUGUGCAUUUCAGUCCGGCUGCUCCUCACUGGACCCCAGAACGGCGACGUUAGCUGAUAUCAAGUCAAGUAGUCUUAGUGUGUAAUAAACAUGGCAAAAGCCAGAAAGAUCCGGUUAGCUACUAACGAAACAUGCUCGGACAGUGAACCAAAAAGAAUAUCUGCCUUCCGCUCUGUCCUCAUCACUUUAAUUUACCUUUUCUGCAUCUCCUGUUGGUGUUACGUUGAAUGUUCAAAGUUGAUUAUGGUCUUUGUUUAUGUAAAGAGUCGUUAAGUGUGUGUAAUUAAACUAUGAAUGCUUUGGUUGUUGUGAUUUGAA